UUUUCGACAGAAUUGAAAGCCCAAAUAGAAGUUAGCUUGACCCGGCCUCUCAUCAAACAUGACCCGGAUUUUCUAGCCUGUAUAAAUAGCUUGACUUGAUCAAACACAGUUCAUCAGUUCGUCUUGCCAAAAUCCGAGGGACUCUAGAUUUUGCAAAGACGGGACGUUAAUGAAGAAAAGGAAAAGAAAAGGCAGGACACAAAGAAAGGUAAAUAGAAAACAGGGAAAGAUGACGGAGAACACCAACACAGACGAAAGAGCAGUUGAUGCGGACAGGAUCUCUGAGUUGCCUGAACACAUUUUACAUCACAUCCUUUGUCUUCUCCGCUGGCCAAAUGAUAAAGCAAGAACUAGCGUUUUGUCUAAGAAGUGGAAAUUCAUUUGGGAUUCUUUCACGUCCUUUGAUUUUGAUCAGAGGCGCUUCGUAUGUCUAAAGGAUGCAGGUAAAUGGGAUCAUCUCCAACCUCUACCAGUGGAGAAACAGAGCUCAGUUUUCAAAAAGGUGUAUGAGCAAACCCUGGGAGGUGCAGAGGUGACAUUUAUAAACAAGUUCGUUCUGUUUGUUGAGAACACCUUAGCAACCAGACUUGACCUGUUGCCAAGUAUACAAAAGUUCAGGCUGCAUGUCGUCUAUUGUGUUGAUCUUUUGUUUCCCUUUAUGAAUCACUGGAUAAGUGUUGCUACUGACAAGAAUAUUAGUGAGCUUGAUAUCCAUGUGAAAAUGCCUGGCAAAUUUUACGUUCUGCCUCAGGUCGUCUUUGCUUCCAGGACAAUAACUUCAUUGAAGCUCUACGGAUGUGGAGUAGGUGAUUCUGUAGCCAUAAAGCUCCAAAACUUGCGGGAGUUAUCCAUGAAAGCAAUGCGUAUCAAUGAGAAUAUAGUCCAUAAUUUUGUCCAGGGCUGCCCUUUGAUCGAGGAUAUGCGACUGAUCAAUUGCUUUGGUUUGAAAUUCUUGCAUGUUUCAUCUCUGCCUAAGCUAAAUAGGUUUGAGGUACAUGAGCGCUCCAGCCUCAGGUCGAUCAAACUUGAGGCGCCCAAUCUUGAGACGUUUUGGUUCCAUGGGAAGAAAUCUUCAAGGUGCAAAAUAAUCUUAGCAGGGUGCGGAAAUCUUAAGAAUCUGACUUUGAAGCAUGCACGUAUGGCAGAUAAGUCCUUUCAGCAACAAGUCUCCUACUUCCCGUUACUUGAAAAAUUAUUCCUGUUGGAGUGCCAAACAUUGCAUAGAAUUACAAUAUUGAGUGACAAGCUGAAGAAACUUUCUCUGGUUAGGUGCCACAAACUAAAGGAAGCCAACAUUGAUGCACCAAAUCUACUUUCAAUUGAAUAUACUGGUGGUGCUGAGCUGCCUUUUUCCUACAUGAAUGCUUCACGGUUGCAAGAAGUGAAGCUUCACUUGAAAUCCCAAAAACAGAAGUUUCACCCUGAUAAAGUGAAGAAAUUCAUUGAAGGGUUUGCUGGCAAAGGUUUCACGUUGUUUCUUGCCUCCAAACAGGAUGUGAAUAUCUAUGAGGAACCGGAAGCACUCGAUCUUCUUCAUUCUGGAGCAUUCAAGAUAGAAUUGACUAAAUCAACAAGAAUGCUGGAAAAUCUUCUCAACAGUCACUUGCGAGAUUUUCACCCAAACAGUCUUACCUUAAAGACCUCUCCCACAAGUGACCUCCUCAUGUUCAUAGAGGAGAAGAUAUUGAACAAAGAGAAAACUCCUACCUGUUGUAAAUACUACUCAAAGAAAUGCUGGCGACAUUAUUUAGAAGAGGCUAAAACGUCUGAGUUUUCAAAUGCUUUAUCUACAGUGAAGCCUAGUAUGAGCUUGGAACUAAAAUGGAGCAAGUCACCCUUGCCUCUGCCGGAAGAUGUUGAUAUAACAGAAGAGUUACUGGUGCUCACGGAUACAGAGAUAUAACAGAAGAGUUACUGGUGCUCGAGGAUACAGAGCUAACAGAUAUCAAUGAGUAAUACAUUGGACAUAUAUGCAUUUACUGUACUUACUAAGUCAUUUAUUUGAACUACUUUUCGUUCUUUUAGAACAAUUUAUGAUCAGACGAACUCAUUUGGUUUUGGUCCAAGA